CCUCCUCGGCCGCCUGGGAAAGACAGUUAGGAGCUCGGCGGGCCGGCCGCCAGCCCGAAGGGGAAGCGAGGCUGGCCCUCAAGGCAGGAGCGUAGCUGACGCGCGUCUCGCGGCGGGACUCGUGAGAGCGGUCGUGGGGACGCCAAACGGUCGGGCGCCAAGACCCGCUGCGACGCCGCGAGGCUCAUGAAGAGGGACAGAAUGGCUUUCCAAUAUGUUGAACCUUCCUCCUGCGACACUUUUGUGGCUUUGCCUCCAGCCACGCUUGGCAACAGGAUCAUCUUUGGUAAAAACUCAGACAGGCCAUCUGAUGAAGUCCAGGAAAUUGUGUAUUUCCCUGCUACAACUCAUCUUCCAGGCGAAAAGGUUGAGUGUACUUACAUAGAAAUUGAACAAGUGCCAGAAACAUAUGCAGUUGCCUUGAGUCGUCCCUCGUGGCUGUGGGGUGCUGAAAUGGGGGCCAAUGAACAUGGAGUUUGCAUUGGGAAUGAAGCAGUGUGGGGGAAGGAAGAAGUCUGUGAUGACGAAGCGCUCCUAGGCAUGGAUCUUGUCAGGCUCGGACUUGAAAGAGCUGAUACCGCAGAAAAAGCUGUCAGGGUCAUUGUUGAUUUGCUGGACAAGUAUGGUCAAGGUGGAAACUGUAUGGAGAGUCAUAUGGCAUUUACAUACCAUAACAGCUUUCUGCUAGCAGACAGAAAAGAAGCAUGGGUACUGGAAACCUCUGGAAAAUACUGGGCUGCAGAGAAAAUAGAAGGAGGAGUACGGAAUAUUUCCAAUCAGUUCUCAAUAACAAGCAAGAUUGAUCGUGAGCACCCGGAACUAAGGAGUUAUGCUAUGAGCAAAGGCUGGUGGGAUGGCAAAAAAGCAUUUGAUUUUGCAGGCACGUACUCCUAUUUGAACACGGCCAGGAUGACUACUACGAGAGGCAGAUAUUGUGAAGGCUAUAAACUACUGAAGAAACAUGAAGGCAGUAUAACAGCUGAGACCAUGAUGGCGAUUCUUCGGGAUAAAGAGAGUGGCAUUAACAUGGAAGGCAGCUUUAUGACCACUGGGAGCAUGGUUUCCAUACUGCCUCAGGAGCCUCACCUCCCUUGCAUACAUUUCUUUACUGGAACCCCUGACCCUGACAGGUCUCUGUUUAAACCUUUUAUUUUUGUGCCAAAUAUUGUCCAGUUGGUAAAAACAAGUUCUCCCAUGUUUGGCCCUGAGGAUCCUGUUAAAAAGCAACCACGAUUUCAGACUAAGCCAGAUCGAAGGCAUGAACUCUACAUAAAGCAUGAGAACUCAGCUCUUAUGUUGGAAUCCUCUAAGGAGAAGUGUGAAGUCAUGAUGCAACAGAUCCGAAAGCUGGAGAAAGAGAAAAUCGAUGAAAUGGAAAAUAUUCUUCAGAAUGGAUGCCUUGAUGUUAAUCAAGCAGUUAAUCUCUUUUCUAGCUGCAUAGAAGAUGAAAUACACAUAUACGCUUAAGAAAGUAAUGGCUGCUUAGCAUUCUUGCUCAAUUGUUGCCUUCCCAAAGGAGUUUUGCUCUUUGCUUGUUUGCCAGUUCGAGGCAAACUGCAAUCAAUCUGGAAGAGAACAUUUUGAUAUUAAGGUGGUGAACUGUAACUGCUAAUUGUUAAGUACCGUUUUCAGCCAAGCACUAUCUGUAAAGUAGUUGUGAAAAUGCAUUCAUUUAGGCUAAAAUUCCAUACACACUUCUUCACCUAGUAAAAGUAGAUUUGAACUCAGUGGGACUUCUGAGUAGACAUGCAUUGAGCUGGCUGGAUAGCUCAGUGAUUUAAAGGCUGAGAGU